CGUGACACUUCAUAGUACUCUCUCUCUCUCUCUCUCUCUCUCUCUCUCUCUCUCUCUCUCUCUCUCUCUCUCUCUCUCUCUCUCUCUCUCUCUCUCUCUCUCUCUCUGUCUCUCUUUCAGAAGAGCACUUUAUGUAAGAUGAUACCUGCGCGUGUGGGUGCACUGUACUGUAGCCUAUUAGCUCGAGCUCCCACUUCCCGUUACCCGGUGAAUGAUAUCAACAGAGCGUUUUGCCUGUUCCCUACUGAGCGAAAGAGCACGCUUGAAAGGAGAAUAACAUCAAACCGCACAACUGAACAACAGCCAGAGCGCAUGGAACCAGUGAAAAUAUAGGCUACCCACAGCAACACUCACGUUUGAGGUUUCACCGGCGGCGAGAGCACAUUGACAGGACAACGGGAGGACUGUUUAUUCAAGUUGGACGGAUGAUUUAGCGAACAUAAUUGAGUAGACUGCCCGGCGGAUGAUAAGCGUCCGGGACCGGUGCUGUCGAUUGUGCGAGGAGGCAAGUUAACGUUACCGGAGGAAGAAGAUGAAGUCGGCUGGGGUGGUGGAAGGAGGACUGUUCACAGAGAGUUACUGCAACAUCUGUAACGCCCAACUCAUCUCUGAGUCGCAACGCACAGCACACUAUGAGAGUAAGAAACAUGCCAAUAAGGUCCGUCUCUUCUACAUGUUACACCCAGAAGACGGAGGCCCACCUUCCAAGAGACUGAGACCAGACAACCCUGACAGUGCAGAGACAGAGGUGGACAGCAAUAAGUGCUGUACUUUAUGUAAUAUGUUCUUCACGUCGGCCAUUGUGGCCCAGUCUCACUACCAGGGCAAGACACAUGCCAAGAGAGUACGACUGGUACUGGGAGAAACACCCAGCUUACCUACUGCUACCAACAGCCCUACCACCACAGACUCAUCCCCCUCCACCCCCCAGCCCAGCGACUCCACCCCUGCCCCUCCUUCCCUACCACAGCCCUCCUCUCUAGCACCCCCGGUGGCGGUGGUGGGUAGUGGUGGUAGUGGUGAGACAGGGAAGUACUGCUGUCUGUGUGGAGCAUGGUUCAACAACCCUCUGAUGGCCCAGCAACACUAUGAGGGGAAAAAACAUCGCAGGAACGCAGCCAGAGCACAACUACUGGAGCAGCUAGCUGGCAGUCUGGACGCUACCGAAACUACAGGUCUCCGCAGCAGAUACUCCUGCAGUGUAUGUAGUGUUGUGUUGAACUCCAUUGAACAGUACCACGCACACCUCCAGGGCUCCAAGCACCAGAACAACUUGAAGCAGGUCCAGCAGUGAAGCACUGGAACCAGAGACCUGGGGACAUGUGGAGAAUGGGAAAAUGGGAAUACUAAACUUGGGAAAACAGAGCAUUUUAAAACGAAAAUAAUAUUGGUUGUGGAAUUUUGGAAGACUGAGAGACUUCUACAGAUGGCUUAGGACUGUGUGUGUGUGUGUGUGUGUGUGUGCGUGUUUGUGUGUGUGUGUGUACGUGCGUGUGUACGUGCGUCUCUCUGUGUGUGUACAUGUGUCUCUCUCUGUGUGUGUGUGUGUAUGUGUGUGUGUGUGUGUGUGUGUGUGUGUGUGUGUAUGAGUGUGUUUUUAAUCUGACGAUGUCUUGGAGGUUACUGAGUGUUUGAUAUGUGUACUUUGACCCCACAGCAGUCAGAAAACCAUUGGAUAUUGCUAGCGAUCGCCAUGCAGUUUGGGUGCGUCCCAAAUGGCACCCUAUUCCGUUUAUAGUGCACUUCUUCUGACGAGGGCCCAUAGGGCUCUAUUAAAAAGCAGUGUACUAUAGAGAUUCCUUUUGUGAACCACAAUCCUACAAUCUAACUAAGUGAUGUCAGUGUUACCCAGAGCGGUGAUAUCCGCUACAAUGAUAGUCAUAGAGUACAAGAAACAAACUCAUCACCACUAUAUCCGUCCAGAGGGUCAGGGCUGCAAUACAUACACCACUAUGUAUACAAAUAUAUAAUAAAUAUAUUCAUACAAUAUAUUUUCUAAACGCCUGGAAGUUAUCUGUGCAACAGCUUCGGUGCUCAGUGAGUAGCUCAUAAACAUAUAUUGAUAUCUAUAGUAAAUAUAUGCAAAUGUAACGUAUGUUCACAUACGUUUAGAUAUUCAACUAUGUUUUGGGCACUCAGUUCCAUGCAGAAACAAGGAGAGGAAAGACAAAUAUGUCAGCCAAUUGAAAGGUUUCCCAGCUUUGGGUGAUGCCAGACAGUCUUUGGUGCCUAUGUAAUACAAACUGUAACACAGCCAUUUUUAAAGUGGUAGCCGAUGUCCUGAAUUUGUCACUAAAUGUCUGAUCAUUCAACCCAGAUAGACAGGGAUAUGCAUUGUAUGUGACACUUCUAUUCAGAGCGAUAUAAAGUCAAUUCAUUUGAAUACAACGUUUUAAGGAUACAAUCUGUAACUUGAAUGUCCUCAGUGGCUACUCGAUGUAUUGCAAACACACUUGGCCAAGACGCUAAACAAAAAUCUACCGGUUAGGUAAACACUCUCUUCACUUUAUAUACACAAGUUCAGUGGCAGCACUUCGGACUGGAAUUGAAGUAACAGAUUGUAACUUUAAACAACCACAUAGUUCUUUUAAACUAAGGGUCAGUAUCUAUGGUUCAUUAAACAUUCCUAUAUAGUACCUCUGUGAUUAAUGAUGUCAUAGACACGAGACAGUGUCAGUCAGAAUCCCUUUUCUCUGAAACCAUAUAUGAGACGACACCAUUUGUUUUUAGAGCAUUCUGAUCUAGAGUCAGUUUGCAGUUCCCUGGACUCACUGGAAUAAAGCACUUACUGUAUUCAGGUUGGUGGCCCUCAGUAACAAAGUGUUAUUGUUUACCUUGAGAAAGCCAUGAGAAGUAACUCUGCCACUACCAAAACAUAUGGUAAGACAUCAAUGGAACGCAGACUGUUGGGGACAGCACAAGGACGCCAUCAUUGGCACUCAUUCAAAAAUGCUGAUCCGACAAAGUUAUUAUUUGUCAAAUCCGUCAUAAAUGAUGUGUUCUAACAGGCCAACAAUGUAGUUACUAAAAUCUGAUUUGAAUAUACAGUAUUUGGCUGUUUUGCUGCAUACUAUUUAGAAGUUGUCCUUUUCAGGUUUACAUAUUUAUUUGCUAACUAGUGACGCCCGUUCGGAUAAGCUGGUAAUGGUGGAGCAUAGCUGGUGGUGGUGGAAGUUGUAAUGCAGUUGAUUGAUGGCGAUGAAAUGAACAUGUAUUCGAGGUUAAAACCAUACAAGCAUUAUACUUUUAUUUUGACCUCAACAUAGUGUGAAAUAUACACAUAUAUACAAUAGACUAAAUUUAGGCUCAUUUUCCUGGGGGACAAUGAGGAGAUUCUAGAUCUAUCCUCACGGAGGACACGUGCGUGGCGUUUCCAUGGUUUUAGUCAAACUCUUACGUGAUCUAUCUAACGGUUACCACCAACCUAUGUUUGUCAUGGGCAUCUCUAGCUACUGGUAAAUCGUAUCGUUCUAAAAAGGCAAGACAACAAACAGACUUGCCUUUAAAAGGACACAGUUCCAUGCUAUGCCGUUUUUCUGUUUGUUGAUGUUGUUGAGAGUUUAAUGUAUUUUUCCCCUGUGAAGUGGUGAACACAUUAAAAAAAAAAUAUUUUUGCUUUGCGUUUUAACAGAUUUCACAGUUUCUGUCUUGAAUGUUUUUGACCUGAUUGGAUUCUCUGUUUCUGUCUUGAAUGUUUUUGACCUGAUUGGAUUCUCUGUUUCUGUCUUGAAUGUUUUUGACCUGAUUGGAUACUCUGUUUCUGUCUUGAAUGUCAGGGAAGGGUUUUCUGCAAUCAGGACUUUUAAACAACCAUGUCAAUGUGAGUUUCGAGGUAUGGGUUUUAAUGAAGUAAAAACAUUUUUGUUUUCUGUAAAUAUGAGGGUAAAACAAUUGUGUGGUUUUCUAGACCCGUUAAGAGUUUGGUCACACUUUAUUUGGAUAGUCCAUCUAUAUGUUCUCAACAGAUGGUCAUACUAUCAACAAACUAUGGGUUGAUAAGAAACAGCGUGCUAAGGUUACAGUUAGGGUUAGGUUUAGAAUAAGGGUUAGGGUUAAGAUUAGGGUUAGGGUAAGGGAUAAGGUUAGGGUUAGGUUUAGAAUAAGGGUUAGGGUUAAGAUUAGGGUAAGGGAUAAGGUUAGGGCUAGGUUUAGAAUAAGGGUUAGGGUUAAGAUUAGGGUUAGGGUAAGGGAUAAGGUUAGGGUUAGGUUUAGAAUAAGGGUUAGGGUUAAGAUUAGGGUUAGGGUAAGGGAUAAGGUUAGGGUUAGGUUUAGAAUAAGGGUUAAGGUUAAGAUUAGGGUUAGGGUAAGGGAUAAGGUUAGGGUUAGGGUUAAGAUUAGGGUUAGGGUAAGGGAUAAGGUUAGGGUUAGGUUUAGAAUAAGGGUAGGGUUAAGAUUAGGGUUAGGGUUAGAAGAUAGUUAGUUGAAAUAUUACUGAGUCUGUAGAUAGUCUGUAGAGCAUCUACAGAUGGACUAUCUAAAUAAAGUGUUACUAAGAGUUUUGUAUUGAUAGGUUGAAACACAUCACAUCAUGACCUUUGUUGAGUUGUCAUUAUGAUAAUGAGUGGUAAGGUAAACGAUUAUUACAACCGUGACACAGAUAUAUUAAAUAUGUAUGGUAGAAAUGGCAUAA